AUGGGCAAGCAAGCCAACCUUUUCGCCUUUGCGGGCGUUGAUGCGCUCGCCCCCGCGCUCCGAUCCUACGUCAUCCAGUGCCAAGACGCCGGCAUAACAAGACACGACGUCUUCAAGGUCGCCGUCUCGGGCGGCUCUCUACCCAAGACCCUGGCACAGGCCCUCCUCGCCGCUCCGGCGCCCGGCGAGCCCGAGGUGCGCUGGGACAAGUGGGAGAUAUUCUUCGCCGAUGAGCGCGCCGUGCCGCUCGACCACGAGGACUCUAACUAUGGCCUGCUCAAGAAGGAGCUUCUGGACAAGAUCCAGGGCCCCCAGCCGACCGUUCACGCCAUCGACAUCGAGGUCCUCGACGACACGCAGGAGCUGGCCGACCGCUACGAGCAGACCCUGGUCCGCAGCUUCGCCAGCCGCGACAGCGUCAAGCUCCCCAUCUUCGACCUGCUGCUGCUCGGCUGCGGCCCCGACGGCCACACCUGCAGCCUUUUCCCGGGACACGAGCUGCUGCGUGAGACGAGCGCCUGGGUCGCCCCCAUCGAGGACAGCCCCAAGCCCCCGCCCCGCCGCAUUACCCUGACCCUGCCCGUGGUCACCCACAGCGUGCGCGUCGCCUUUGUCGCCACCGGCGGCGGCAAGAAGGACAUCAUGAAGCAGAUCUUUGACCAGGAGUCUGGCCUGCCGUGCGCCCUCGUGAACCAAGGCACAGGCGACAGGUGUUCUUGGUUCGUCGACAACCCAGCAGUCGAGGGCGUUAGCUUUCCUAGGAGGAGCUUCAACUUGUAG